AUGGAAAGUGAGGACAUCCAGGAGUGGCCCAGACCACUCUCCUACCGUCUGCGGGCCGGUGAAAAGUCACAUGGAAAAUCAGAAAGCAGUUGCGACCAAGUGCUUGACGAAGCGAAGAUGAAGCGGACUGUAGCGGCUGUCUUGUGCUUGACCAUUCUUUUGGUUCUCUUUGAUGUUUCGCUUGCAGUAAAGAAAGGCAAAGGAGGGAUUGCAGGAAGUCUGACUCUUUUUAAGAAGCUCCCCAAAACAAAAACCACCUUGGACGCCAAACGUAAAGAGUCAAUCCUUAAAAAGGCUAAACAGCCUACGCAGUUUAAUCGGGGGGGCUACCCUCAGCAACCAGCAGGUGGCUACCCCCAGAAUCCAUCCAGUCCGGGAGGGUACCCCAACCAGGUCGGGUACAACCAGUAUCCAGCCAGACCGGGGGGGUACCCCAACCAGGCCGGGUACCCAAACCAGGCGGGGUACCCUCAAUAUCCAGCCAGACCUGGGGGGUACCCCAACCAGGCCGGGUACCCCCAGUAUCCAGGGUACCCCGCCGGUGCUUUCCCAGCACAGAACCACCCAUAUGGCGGGGGUUUAGGCAAUUAUGGAAAUUCUCCAGGUAGUUAUAUCAAUUACAACCCGAACAACCGGAUCCUGAGCCCUCAGUACGGUGGCAGCUUUGGAUACGGGGGUCAUGCGGGUGGGGGCGGCUCUCCCUUCUCUCACUCGGUCCAGGCCAUGGGGUACGCUCCCUCCGAUAAAUCCAGAGGGUUUGGCCGCAGCGCAGUGAUGGCGGCGGCCGGGGGGGCCGUGGCGGGGAUGGCCCUGGGCUACGGGUUAGGACGAUUCCCCCGGCCUCAUUUCCACUUCCACAGCCCCGAGGAGGAGCUCUACUACAACCACUACAUGUACAGGAAGUACGGCGCGAGGUCUACGGACAGCAACGACUACAGCAGAGAUUACGAGCUCCAGACCCCGCCCGGAACAUUCGACAGCUUCAUGGACUCCUGCCUGAGGAGAACCGACCUGCUGCCCGUGGGCCGCAGAAAGCCCGACGACAGACCGGCCCCAGGUCCUGCCCCAGGUCCAGAUCCAGGACCAGCCAAGACAACUAUGGCUGCCAGUUCAACAACCUCAACCGAGGCAGCGCCAGUGAGCGGUAUCGGUAGCACCCCGGCUCAGAACUCCUCGGCCACGCCGCCCUCAACCCCGCUCUCUCCGAAUAGGACAGAGCCCAACCCCGAACCCCCGCCAGCCUCCCAGCUGCUCCAACCGCACGACAGGAUUGAGGAUGAUGACGACACAGUUAGCAUUGUGGAAAUUGGUUAUCCGGCUCUUAUCAGACAGUUGAAAGAGAGGAGAUGCGUAGAACUUUACGUAGUCUACAGCGAGAAGCACUUAAAGAGAAAGAUUGCCCCCGCAGCCAGCGGCUGGGGGGGGGUGGAGACGGGCCACAGUCUGUCCGUAAUCACCAGUGUGGCACUGGUGCUACUGGGAAACAACCUUCCAGAAGGUGGAGACGACCGCAUCUACUCCGAGGAGGCGAACGCUCACCUGCAGGCUCACGGAGACCCGGAACAGGGAGAAAAGUUGACAACUAAAGGGCUUUUAAUCAAGAGGAUGAAGAUGAAGAUAAGUUCCUCAUCAGUGCUGUGCCUGUCCAUUCUUUUGUCUCACGCCGCUCUUUCGCUGGCCAAAAAGGGAGGGGGGUUCGGGAAAAGCUUCGGUACGAAGAAGAUCCCUUCGUCCAGAGGCAGCAGCCACACCAACACAGGCAGCAAACCCAAUCAGGGCUCCACCUCACAUCGUGGAAACCCCAAACAGCCCACACAGAACAACCAGGGAGGCUAUCCCGUCUACCCCAGGCAGCAGGGCGGGGGGGGCUACUACCCCCAGUUUCCCCAAACAGGUUACGGCCAACCUGGCGGAUACCCUGGUGGACACAUCAACAGGAACCCGGCCAACGCCAUCCUGAGCCCGCACUACGGCGGUUCCUUUGGGUACGGGGGCUACGGUACCCGGGGGGGCUCUCCUUUCUCCCAGUCGGUCCAGGCAAUGGGAAAGCACCCCUCCAGCAAUUCCAGAAACUUCGGGCGCAGUGCCGUCAUGGCUGCCGCCGGGGGGGCCGUGGCGGGAAUGGCGCUGGGCUACGGGUUAGGGAGGUUCCCCCGUCCGCAUUUCCAAUUCCGAAACCCCCAGGAGGAGCAAUACUACAACAGCUACAUGUACAGCAAGUACGGGACCAAGUCCACAGACGCCAACGACUACGGCCGGGACUACAGCUUCAGCCCCCCCCCUCAGGGGUACAACAGCUACAUGGACUCCUGCAUGAAGAGGACCAACCUCCUGCCCACCGACGGUCCAAAGCCGGGGAAGCAAUCGGCCGGCUACACGGCUCCAGCUCAGCCUGCUAGCCCCAUCGCAGUCGCCCCCCCGUCAGAGACCAAGACCAGCAACGGCAGCUCAGAGGUCAGUUCAAAUGAUCCUGGAGCCCCCGCUCGACUCUCCCAGAUCGUCGCUGAGGAUGACGAUGAGGUCAGCAUCGUGGAGAUCGGCUACCCGGCUCUGAUCGAGCAGCUGAAGGCCAGGAAAUGCUUGGAGCUGUACAUGAUAUACUCCCAACAGUACUUAACGAGACUGACUGGUGGGGCUCAAGGACUGACUAUGGACUGGCAGGGGCUUUUAGCCGUGGUUUUCGGUAGUCUGUUGAUGGUAAUUAAUUGCAAUAUAGCGGAAAUGUCGCUGCUUUGAAGGCUCGGCUUGCAGGGGAAGACACUGGGAACGGGCCAUGGCCAUUAGAAACGAGCCAAUCGAUUAGAAACGGUGUCGGAACUUCUUAAAACCUUUUUGUGACUUCGCAGGGACCAUUAACGUAAUUGUCGUAACCUUGUGGUCCACUGACUUAUUGUGAUAUCCAAAUGAAAACGAUUAUCUUUCUGAAA